AAGUUAUAUUAUUUGUAGGUUUACGAAGUCAAAUGUUGUUUUGCGCUUCCUGAUGAAAGGGUAAUGCUGCCAUGCCAUUUGUCAGUCCUUGGUGUAGUGUGAGAUUAGUUGAAUGCAGUAUAUUGGGAAAAUUACCAGUCUAUAGCAUUCUCUGAUACAGUCUUUGUACUUUUUAAAACUGUGCCUUUUUUGCAUUGAUAGGUGGCAGAUGUAUCGCAGCUGCAAAUCCAAGCACGAUUUUUUUUCUUAAUGGGACAAAUUUACUUACAGAACCAGAGUCCAGUAUAACAUUUUGACUAUUACGUCAUGUUCAGAUUUUGCUGAAAGCUCUACUCUUUUUAGCUGUUCAAGCUAAAAAUCUAAAGAAAUGAAUGUGAUUGUGUAAUGGUCUAUAUCCUUCACACUAAGGAGGCACCAUAUUUUCUAGCCAUCACUUUAAUUGGACAUGUCAGUUAACAUGAGGUGCCCGGAGAGAACCUCUUUGGAUAGGAUUAAGGUUACCCAAUGAAGUGUUUUAAGUCUUAAACCUUCAGUUGCUGAUGGUGUAAUCAUUUCUGCCUUGUACUUAACUCUACCUAAUCAUUUCUGCCUUUUUUCAUCUGACGUUCAACACAUGCACAGUGUAACAAAACCCAGGUUGUGCAUUCUAGCAAACAGGAAUGCUUUCACUUCUCUGAGAAGAGCUUCCAAACCUAAAAAUACUGCGUGUGUUAUGGAUAUCCAGCAUGAGAAGUUGGGCCGGGGAAGAACUUCAUGCCUGACUUAUCAGUUGCUGUCUGCAUCUUCAACAGCUACCAUGUGGUUUUAGUUAAAAAAAGUUAAAUAUGUCUGCCAUCUCAUUGUGCUUAAAUUGUGGAAUGUCGAAGACCAGCAGGAUGGAGGCUUCCUGCCUGGAGCUGGCUUUGGAAGGUGAGCGCCUGUGUAAAGCAGGAGAUUGCCGAGCUGGUGUGUCUUUCUUUGAAGCAGCUGUUCAGGUUGGAACUGAAGAUUUAAAAACACUCAGUGCUAUUUACAGCCAGUUAGGCAAUGCCUAUUUCUACUUGCAUGAAUAUGCAAAGGCCUUGGAAUACCAUCACCAUGAUUUAACUCUUGCAAGAACAAUUGGAGAUCUACUGGGUGAAGCUAAAGCUAGUGGGAAUCUGGGCAACACCUUAAAGGUACUUGGGAAUUUUGAAGAAGCUAUUGUUUGUUGUCAAAGACAUCUGGAUAUUUCCAGAGAGCUAAAUGAUAAGGUUGGAGAAGCAAGAGCACUGUAUAAUCUGGGAAAUGUAUAUCACUCUAAAGGGAAAAAUGUAGCCAAUGUUGGGACUCAUGAUCCAGGGGAACUUCCAGAUGAUGUGAAAAAUGCUUUACAAAAGGCUGCAACUUAUUAUGAGGAAAAUCUGUCAAUAGUAACAGAGCUGGGUGAUAGAGCAGCACAAGGACGUGCCUUUGGAAACCUGGGAAACACACACUAUCUUCUGGGCAACUUCAGGAGUGCGGUUUUAGCCCAUGAACAGCGUCUCCUAAUUGCAAAAGAGUUUGGCGAUAGAUCAGCAGAAAGAAGAGCAUACAGCAAUCUUGGAAACGCCUACAUCUUCCUCGGUGAAUUUGAAACUGCUUCAGAAUACUACAAGAGGACGCUCCAGCUGGCACGACAGCUUAAAGACAGAGCUGUGGAAGCACAGGCCUGCUACAGCCUUGGGAACACAUACACUUUGCUUCAAGACUAUGAAAAAGCAAUUGAUUAUCAUUUGAAACACCUUGUGAUUGCUCAGGAAUUAAAUGACAAAAUUGGAGAAGGAAGAGCAUGCUGGAGUUUAGGGAAUGCUUACACUGCGCUGGGAAAUCACGACCAAGCUAUGCAUUUUGCCGAAAGGCACUUGGAGAUCUCACGAGAGGUAGGAGAUAAAAAUGGAGAACUCACUGCAAGACUUAAUCUCUCAGAUCUUCAAAUGGUUCUUGGAUUAAGCUAUAGCACAAACAACUCCAUGAUGGCAGAAAGCCAUGCGGUAGAUACCAGUCUGAAUGGUACCAGACCAAGAGUAGCACGCCGUCACAGUAUGGAGAACAUGGAACUUAUGAAAUUAACUCCAGAAAAGGUUCAGAACUGGAACAGUGAGAUUCUUGCUAAACAGAAACCACUGGUUGCCAAAUCUUCAGCAAAACUACAUUUUGUAAAUCGACUAAAAGGCAAAAAGUACAAAACCGGCACCACUUCAAAAGUUUUGCAGGAUGCCAGUAAUUCUAUUGAUCAUCGACUUCCAAACUCACAGAGGAAAAACAGUCGAGAGGCAAUGGCAGAUGAAGGGUUCUUUGAUCUGCUGAGUCGUUUCCAGAGCAACAGGAUGGAUGAUCAGAGAUGCUACUUUCAGGAGAAGAACAGGUUCUCAGCUGCUUCAGUGGCAACAUCCUCUACUCCACCUAAAACAAUGCGAAAAUCCUUUUCUACAUCUGUAGUUUCACCCCACACAGAUGAGUUUCUAGACCUACUCGCUAGCUCGCAGAGCCGCCGGCUCGAUGACCAACGUGCCAGCUUUAGCAAUCUACCUGGACUUCGACUUAACCAGCAGAACAGUCACUCAGUCCUGGGUCAUCUCAUGGCGCAUAACAACAGGGACCUAGAUGAUGACUUCUUCGAUAUACUGAUAAAAUGUCAGGGUUCCAGACUGGAUGAUCAAAGAUGUGCUCCUCCCUCAUCUGCGAAAGGACCAACUGUACCAGAUGAGGAUUUUUUUAGCCUGAUUUUACGGUCACAAGCUAAGAGAAUGGAUGAACAAAGAGUCCAUUUACCCUCAACUAUAAAGGGACCAAGUUCUAGCUGAAGGAACAAAUAGGCAUGUACUGUACAAUAGUAUCUUAGGUAUCAUUGUUUGCUGGAAAAACAUAAUGCCUUCUUACAGAAGAUGCACUUAGUAGUUUUGCCCCCUUUCUAAAACCUUUUGCUAUGAAUAGCAGCAGUAUCACAUUUGUGACCAGUCAUUGCUGCUAUUGCUUUUAGCUGUGUCCGAGACACUGAUUACUGUGUCCCUCUUAACUGCCUCUAAUCUGUGAACAUUAUACAAAUUUUCCUAUCAAGGUUCUGUCAUUGCUGAGGUGUGGAUUCUACCACUGUCUCAG